UCCAGAAGGAGGGAAGCGGCUAAAAAGAUUGCACAGCAGAGGCUUAUAGGGGAGUAAGAAUUCCAUUAACCACAUUCCAUUAAUUUAAUAUGCUGAUGCUGGACUAAUCAACAAGUUGUCUGCUGCUGCAUUGUGUCUUUAUAGCACAGAGGGGGGAUAAAAGAAGUAGAUGGGUUUGAUGUUUGAGAGGAGAAGAGGGGAAGGGGGUGGAAAUCAAAGUACUCCACCAACAAUCUAUAUAAUUAUCGUCAUCUCCUGCUUUUCCUCUCUGGCAAAGAAACACUCCAUCCAUUUGUAGAAAUCGCCUAGGGGAGCGUUACAUCAAAACUAAUCAUAACGAUUAAAAUCAGCUUCUCUGCAGGGAGGAGGCAAUAGGGAAGUUAGAGGCAGGGGGUGAGGGUGUUGUAAAUAUAGGACAAAAUAUAUAUAUGGUAUUUUUUUAAGAACGUAAACUCAAGAAAAAAACUAAGGCACCACUGCCGUACUCACUUACAUUUACUCGCAGUUUUAUUCUGCAUAUUGGUUUAGACUUGGGCAGAGACAUGAGCUAAUUGUAUCCUGAUCUUUGCCUGGAGGGGUUUCGGGAGCCCUGGAGCAAGUAUUCUCUGUAUUUUGUUCUGACUACCUUAGCCAAGCGAUUGCAUUUCUCGCUGGUGUAGGAAGAGAGGCAGAUCUCAGGCCAAAUCGGAGGAGGGAAAAUAAAGGUUCACAAAAACCACUUCAUGUUUCAGGCCCCCUUGCCUUCUGCGAGGGAUUCUGGAGUUGAAUUUUAAAACUAUGUAAGGCUGCUGCCUGCGCUUAUCAGCGCGUGCACAAGUGGCAUGCAAAUCAAACGAGGAUCACACACCGCAUUGGAGGCCUACACUCAAAGGAUAAUCGCUCCAGCAUGUCCAGACCCAUGAUCACCCGAUCACCAGUGUCUCCCUUGAGUAACCAGGGCAUCCCCACACCUGCACAACUCACCAAAUCCAAUGCCCCUGUGCACAUUGACGUAGGCGGCCACAUGUACACCAGCAGUUUGGCCACCCUAACCAAAUUUCCUGAAUCCCGAAUCGGUCGUCUCUUUGAUGGCACAGAGCCCAUAGUCCUGGACAGCCUGAAGCAGCACUACUUCAUUGAUAGGGAUGGACACAUGUUCCGCUACAUUCUCAACUUCCUCAGGACGUCCAAGCUCCUCAUUCCCGACGACUUCAAAGACUACAGUUUGCUGUAUGAAGAGGCCCGAUACUUCCAGCUGCAGCCCAUGCUUGCAGAGUUGGAGCGCUGGCGUCAGGACCAGGAGCUGGGCCGGGUCUCCCGGCCCUGUGAGUGCCUAGUUGUGCGCGUUGCGCCUGACCUGGGUGAGAGAAUCACCCUCAGCGGCGACAAGGCCCUGAUCGAGGAUGUUUUCCCUGAAAUCGGUGAUGUCAUGUGUAACUCUGUGAACGCUGGAUGGAACCAUGACUCCACACAUGUCAUACGCUUCCCGUUGAAUGGCUAUUGUCACCUCAACUCUGUCCAGGUUCUGGAGCGUCUUCAACAGCGCGGAUUCGAGAUUGCUGGCUCUUGUGGCGGAGGCGUGGACUCAUCCCAAUUCAGCGAGUAUGUCCUGAGGAGGGAACUGAGGAGGACAAGUCAGCGAGGACCCAAUUCAAACAGGAUAAAGCAGGAGCAGCUGGACUAGAAACCUCCAGGGCAGCAGGAGGUGCUAGACUUUUCUGUAGCAGCCAAACAAUCAGGGCUGCAGAGCUCUCUGGACUCUGUUUUUCUGCAUUUCCUUGUUGAUGUUUCUGUUUUCUUACACUUGAGAACCACAUAGAGAAUAAAAAUGAAGUGCAACAGGAGAUUUUUGCCAUAUGAAGAUAUGAGGCAUUUGAUAACUUUGAGAUUGCAAAGACAUUUGUGAUUGUCUAGUUCCCCAUAAACGAGUUCAAAAAGUAUUUAUAUAUAUAUGCUGGAUCCCCAAACAAAGUUUGUUUUAAAACUUGCAGCCUACAUUAGGUCAAAAAUUUGAUUUCUAACAUACUCAUAUGAAUUAAAAGUCUUUUAUUGCUGAAGUAGUGUGUUGCAUAGCUUGUCGUCAGUGACUGUUUUUGUUGUUUCACUAGCAUAUUGAAUGCAGAAUUUUUUUUGCCCCCCUCGAAAAACAAAUUUGUGUUGCUUAGAGAGCAGAAUGUUCCAGACCUUAUCAACAUCUAUGUUAAGAAAACACAUUUUUCACAAGUGACAUGUACAGAAAAUCCAAUGAAGUUGUGUUUUUGAAAUUAGCCAUCAAGGACGUUACAAACACAGUGGAAAUGAAUAUUUUUGUAAAUUAUUGUCGCACCAUUUGCCUCACAGAAUAGUAUGAACCACCAUUCCAUGUGAUACCUUAGGACUUGUUUCAUUGGAAUCUAAUUUUUCUCAGUCACGACCUGUAAAUUUUCAUUGUAUGUCUUUGUGUUUUUUACAUUGAAUCUUUUUAAAGCAAGUUUCUUGCCUCAGACAUGACUGAACAGAUUAAAAGCAUAUUGUACUAUCCAAACUGAGAUGACUUGUAUUUGUAGCACAUAUUGAUAUGAAGUUCGAUAUAAAGUAUUUCUAAGAUUACUGAAACACCUACGCUCCUUAGAUUUAAGGGGAAUGUAGAGUAAAAAAAUGUGAAAUAAAUCUCAGCUAAAGUUGUAA